UCUGAGGUAGUUUUGAACGCGACUUCAUGUAGCAGUUAUAAGCUAGGAUCACAACAAAUGUGAAAUUAUUCUAACAUAUUUAAAGCGAACGCUAACUGAUACUCCGAGAUAAUAUCGCACUCACCCUGCUGUUACAUCUGUUCAAACAGAUUCACAGGGCUUCAAUGGAGGGUGGCAUUAACUGGCAUGUCGGUCAGUCCACGUUUGGAAAGUAAUUCUUCAUCAUCUCUGGUGCUUAAUCCCACUGUUAGUAUAAAUUUACCUUCGUUUCCUAAUACAUGUGGAUAUCCUAUACACGAAACGGUUAAUCCUCCUUUUGAUUUAGGCUACUCGGACACAGAAGUGAAACCGGAGUUUCCUGUUUCUCAUUUCCUCAUUUUCUUGCGCUGCUGCCGCAAUGACUGCAUUAAAAGUAUAAAACUGGGACGAAGUCGGCAUUUCUGAAGAGCAGAAGCUGCUGGAAGUGAAUCUGGCUGAAGUUCAGAUGCCACACGUGAUAAACAACAGCAGGAUUUGAUUCUUGAAAGAUGUGUGCCUCUCGUUCCUGUCAUGUAUCGUGGGCCCUCAUCAUGUGUUAUUUGAUGAUGGGACCGAAACACUGCCUGGCCUCUGAGAAGCAAAACUCCUGCCAUGUGCUAGACGGCCAAGCUGACUGCAGUCACCUCAGCCUCGGUGAGGUUCCUCUAGAUCUUCCCAGGAACAUCUUCAGCUUGGACGUAUCUCACAACAGAUUGGUGAGAAUUUCCCCUGCGUCAGUAGAGCUGUACCCGGGCCUCAUCCACCUCGACGCCAGCUACAACAGCAUCUCCAAGCUGGACAAGGGUGUGUGCCAGACGCUGCCUCUGCUGCAGACACUGAACCUGAAACAUAACCAAGUGCAUUUGCUGAAGAAAGAGGAUCUGAGACAUUGCGGCAAUCUAACAUGGCUGAAUAUGGCCAGCAACAGGCUAAAGCUACAAGGAGAGACGUUCUCUGCACUGCAGAGCCUGAAAUUUCUGGAUGUUUCCAAAAAUCAACUGCAGUCAGCCAAGCUCGGCUCGGAGCCUCAACUGCCCCGAAUGGUGAAGCUCAAUCUGGGAUUCAACGACUUCACCGUUCUGAAGAGAGAUGACUUUUCCUUUCUCAACCAAUCGUCAUUCCUACAGAUCCUCAACCUGUCCUCAGUGUCACUACAAACAUUCGAGGCCGGUUGCUUUAAACCCAUCUCAGGCCUUCGUACUUUAAUCCUGGAUGAGAGCAAAAUGGGCACUCUGGUCAUUUCCAAACUCUGCUCUGUGCUGUCUGGGACCGCCAUUGAUGUCCUGUCCCUGAAGAAGAUGAACCUGAUCACACUGACAAACACAACCUUCACAGAACUGAAGAAAACAAACCUAACCUUCCUGGAUCUGUCUGGUAAUGACAUGAGAAAAAUUGAAGACGGCUCAUUCCAGUGGCUGUCAAGACUUCAGACUCUCAUUAUGUCAGACAACAACCUCAAGCGUUUGACCAAGAACACCUUUCGGGGGCUCAAAAGUUUAAAAAAACUCCAACUGACGAAAGCGCUGGUGAAACAUCACAACUCCCCAAACCCCAUUAUUGAGGAUUUCUCUUUCCAACCAUUAAGUGCUCUGGAAAGUUUGAUAUUAAAAAACACUUCGGCUCAGGAGAUCACAGAGAACACCUUUACAGGCCUGACAAGUCUUACAGAACUCGAUAUGAGCUGGAGUAGUUAUGCCUCACUCAAAAUCAUUACCAAUAAGACCUUAAUCUCACUUGCAGAUUCACCAGUUAGGAAGCUAAAUCUGAUAGGAACAUCUUUAACCCAAAUUCAUAACGGAAGCUUCUCUUUUUUGAGAAACCUCACAGUUCUUCUUUUAGAUCACAACUUUAUCAAGCAAAAUCUCACUGGCAGAGAAUUUGAAGGCCUAGAUAACAUUCAGGAGAUUUACAUGAGCUACAACUACCAGUUGGUUAACUUGAGCUCCAGAUCUUUUGUUAACGUGCCCAGUCUUAGAGUCCUGACUUUGGGAAAAAGUCUUAAAGCUGAAGCUUUGAACCAGGAUCCGUCUCCGUUCAGGUUCCUGACCAACCUUAACAUCUUGGAUCUGAGCAACAACAAUAUUGCUAACAUCAAAGAAAACAUGCUGGAGGGGCUCAUGAACCUGAAGGUACUGAAACUGCAACACAACAACUUAGCCCGCUUGUGGAAGAGUGCCAACCUCGGUGGUCCGGUGUUUUUUCUCAAACAUACGCCGAACCUGAUAAACUUGCAGCUGGAUUCUAACGGAUUUGAUGAGAUUCCUCUCGACGCUCUCAGAGGUUUGACGAACCUCACUGAGCUCAGCCUCAGUAACAAUCUCUUAAACAGCCUGAAGGACGCCGUGUUUGAUGAUCUGACCUCACUGCGGUUUUUUCGUUUGCAGAAGAACCUGAUAACAACUGUGAGGCCUGAAGUUUUCAAAAUCCCUAUGAGCAACCUCACCGUGCUCGUCAUGGACAAAAAUCCAUUUGAUUGCACAUGUGAAAGCAUCCUGUGGUUCACAACAUGGUUGAAUAAAACAAAUACGACCAGUGUUCCAGGGCUCAAGGACGAGUAUAUGUGCAACACCCCGCUAGCUUACUUUAACCGCUCCAUCAUGGAUUUUUCCCCGCUCUCUUGCAAAGACAUGACCCCAUUUCAGGCUCUUUUCAUACUGAGCAGCACUGCUGUCAUCUCGCUAAUUGUGACGGCACUUCUGGUGCGCUUCCAUGGCUGGAGGAUUCAAUUCUAUUGGAUUAUACUGAUCAAUCGCACAUUAGGGUAUAGUGACGCCACAGUUGAAGAGGGCAGAGAAUUUGAGUAUGAUGCUUACGUCAUUCAUUCAGAACCGGACACCAGCUGGGUGGAGAGAAGACUGGUCCCUCUGGAGAAUGAAAGAUGCCGGUUUUGUUUGGAGGACCGAGAUUCAAUUAUUGGCAUGUCGCAACUCGAAUCCAUUGUGGAUAAUAUGAAGAAGUCCAGAAAAAUCUUAUUUGUCGUCACUGAAAGUCUUCUCAAAGAUCCCUGGUGCAGACGGUUUAAAGUCUACCAGGCCCUUCACCAGGUCAUCGAAGCCAGUAGGGACUCGGUUGUUCUGGUCUUUCUGCAGGACGUCCAUGACUACAGGUUAUCUCGCUCCCUGUUCCUGCGCAGAGGCAUGUUGCGUUCAUGUUGCGUCCUGGACUGGCCCGUCCACAAGGAGAGAAUUCCGGCCUUUCAUCAGAAGCUCCUCAUUGCACUCGGCAUGACAAAUCGACUGCAGGAGUGACCAUUUUUCCUUGGAUUACCGAUGUUUGUACAGUUUUUAAAUGCUUCUAAUUGCUGAUUGUUUUACCAACUGUGUGACUACUAUGCAUAUAUUUGACCUGUGUACUGCAAGAAUUCUAUUGCAUUUGAAGGAUGUCGCAGCUUUAUGUAAAAACAAUAAAACAACAUGAAUAUUA